UUCCUCGGCGGCUCGGCCAGCCGCCGACCGAGCCCCGGGGCGGUACUGCAGCUGUCAUCCGGCCGCCAUGGGCAAGCGGGUGGCGCUGGUGCUGGCCGGCUGCGGCGUUUUUGAUGGCAGCGAGAUUCACGAGGCCUCGGCGGCGCUGGUGCACCUCAGCCGCGGCGGCGCCGAGGUGAAGAUAUUUGCCCCCAAUAUUGAGCAAAGGGACGUAGUCAACCACCUAAAAGGAAGUCCAACAGAUGAGAAGAGGAAUGUGUUAGUCGAAAGUGCCAGACUGGCAAGAGGAAACAUUCAGGAUUUGGCUGAACUGAAAGUCAGUGAAUUUGAUGCGGUUAUUUUCCCUGGUGGAUUUGGUGUAGCAAAGAACCUGUGUUCCUGGGCUGUAGAUGGCAAGAACUGUACUGUCAACGAGCACGUGAACUCCACACUCCAAGCUUUCCACAGAGCUAAAAAGCCCAUAGGUUUGUGCUGUAUAUCGCCAGUCCUGGCAGCUAAAGUCUUUCCUGGUUGUGAAGUCACAGUCGGCCAAGAUAAAAACGUAGAUGGAAGAUUUCCUGAUGCUGAAACAGCAUCUGCUAUAGCAGAGCUUGGAUGUAAGCACAUUUGCAAAGAUGUAAGUGAAUCCCAUGUGGAUAAAGCCAAUAAAAUAGUUACUACCUGUGCUUUCAUGUGCAAGGCUCCUCUGCACGAAAUCUUUGAUGGAAUUGGAACAAUGGUAGAGGAAGUCCUGAAACUUGCCUGAAUGAGAGUGUACAGACUUCUGUAAGGAAAUCAAUUUAGCAAAGCACGAGCAUUUAGCUUCUUUUGAUGGUAUUAAUAAAAUAAUGCAGCUAUCAAA